CUCAACUGUACCUCUGUACAAACCCAAAACACGAUUAACCUACGCACUUUCUCCGUCCGGCGUACGUUAGCAUAGUUUCUAUUCGCCGUAUUCCGCCAUGGCUUCAACGGUUCAAGUUGUUCAGUUGGGUCGGAUCCGGGUUCUGAAGAAAGGAUCAGGACCGGUGGUUGGACCGGUGGUGUAUUGGAUGUUUAGAGAUCAACGGAUAAGAGAUAACUGGGCGUUAAUCCACGCCGUUGAUCAAGCUAACAAGGCAAAUGUACCUGUAGCUGUUGCUUUCAAUUUGUUCGAUCAGUUCUUAGGUGCUAAAGCUAGACAGUUAGGGUUUAUGCUUAGAGGCCUUGAGAAGCUUCAGGGCAACCUCGAAAGUACUCUUCAAGUUCCGUUUUUUCUAUUUCAGGGAGAAGCUAUAGACACAAUUCCCAAUUUUUUGAAAGAAUGUGGAGCUUCUCUUCUAGUAACGGAUUUCUCACCUUUGAGGGAUGUUCGGGGUUGGAAAGAUAAGAUUUGUGAGAGGGUGGAUGAAUCAGUGACAGUACACGAGGUUGAUGCACACAACAUUGUUCCUCUUUGGGUGGCAUCAGAUAAAUUGGAAUACAGUGCUAGAACCAUACGGGGUAAAAUAAAUAAGCUGCUUCCUGAGUAUCUGAUUGAAUUACCUGCAAUAGAGCCUCCCAAGAUAAAGUGGUCUUCUUCAAACCCUCCAAUAGAUUGGCCAAAACUAAUUUCAGAUGUUGUAAGGAAAGGAGCAGAAGUUCCUGAACUUGAAUGGUGUGAACCAGGUGAAGACGCUGCAUUGGAAGUGCUAAUGGGAAGUAAAAAAGGGUUCCUGACUUCCAGGUUGAAGAAUUAUUCAACGGACCGGAACAACCCUCUGAAACCCCAAGCACUUUCUGGCCUCUCUCCUUAUUUGCACUUUGGGCAUAUAUCAGCGCAGAGAUGUGCUUUAGAAGCACGCAAAGUUCGAAAAAAUUAUACCCAGGCAGUUGACACAUUUCUGGAGGAAAUGAUUGUGCGGAGAGAGCUUGCUGAUAACUUCUGCUAUUACCAGCCUCAUUAUGAUUCAUUACUCGGUGCAUGGGAAUGGGCGCGUAAGACCUUGAUGGAACAUGCAUCUGAUAAACGGGAACAUAAAUACACGCGAGAGCAAUUGGAGAAGGCGCAAACUGCAGACUCUCUUUGGAAUGCUUCUCAAUUAGAGAUGGUUCAUUAUGGAAAAAUGCAUGGUUUUAUGAGGAUGUAUUGGGCUAAAAAGAUACUCGAAUGGACAAAUGGACCGGAAGAAGCUCUGGCUAUCACAAUAUAUUUAAAUGAUAAGUAUCAUAUAGAUGGAAGAGAUCCUAGUGGUUAUGUUGGAUGCAUGUGGUCAAUAUGUGGCGUACAUGACCAGGGUUGGCGAGAGCGCCCGGUGUUUGGGAAAAUCAGGUACAUGAACUAUGCAGGUUGCAAGAGGAAAUUCAACGUGGAUGGAUAUAUUUCAUACGUUAAGAGGCUAGUAGGUGAAAGCAAGAAAAGAAAAGCAGAAGUAUUUUUAGACAAGGCGGCAAAAGACUUGCGCAGUUAGCAUUACUAAAAGGCUUUAUUAUUGUCAUCUAAUGUCACAUACUCCUGGAUUUUGCAGAGAUUGAUAGUUGUUUAGUAAAUGACAUUUUUUUUUGAACUUAGGAACCUUUUAGAUCUCACUAUUAAGAUCCUUUUUGAACAAUCCAAAAUGAGAAAACGUUAAUAUAUCAGAUUAAAAAUUCAA